AUGGCAAGUUUAUCUGUCAUUCCACUUGCAAACAUUUUUAAAAGCAUAAUUCUUGAUACUUUCAUGAGGGAUGGUUUGAUUACAACCACUGCAACGAUUGCUGGUUUUGCUCUGGGUCCUGUUGUAAUUGGUGGGGUAGUGAGAGCAUUAGGAUUUGGAGAAGAUGGUAUUGCAGCUGGAUCUAUUGCGGCAUGGCAUAUGUCAUUACAUCGUGGAACUGUAGCUGCUGGUAGUCUUGUGGCGAAUUUACAAUCGAUUGGUGCCGCUGGUUUAGGUGUUGGAGGGUUUAUUGCCGCUAGUUUAGGUGGUAUGGUAGUAUGUUUUCUAGCGCAUUACUAG